CUAUCCAUCUAUUUCCUUUUCUCUCUUCAUUUAUACUUACCGCCAAUCGUCCCGCUCUUGCCUCAUAAGCUCUAGUCCCUAUCCAGUUAUUUCCUCCUUCUUUCCUAGCCGAAAAUAUAACUCAUUACAAGAUUGUAACGCAAAUAGAGUUGCCUUCAGCUCUCGAUCAUUGAUUGAUGCGACCCUUCCUCAGGUAUUCUUCAUUUACAAAAGACAAGAGCUUAUAUUCAAGAUUGAAUCAGUGCUUUGAAAACCCGCAAAGUAGGUUGGAAUAACUUUUUCUUUUUCUACUCAAGCCAUGUCAGAGAGUAAUAACCCAAUCUUGGAGCAAAACGAACUUUUGUCAAAACAGUUACAAAGUUUACUUAAAUCACAAAAUACACGAAAUGAACUUUACCAAGAAUUUGACAUGUAAUACUUUCUUUUUUUUUGUUAAAUUAAAGGGUCUUUAUACACAUUUGUUUUUGUUUAGCGCUUUUAAGGAUUAUUUAAACGGAAAAUGUCCAGCAGAGCAGUAUCAUUCAAUCUGUAGACUUGUGACUGAAGGCUUUCAGGAUGUGUCUUUAGAGAUUCAAACAGUGGAGAAAGACAUGUCAAAUAAAGUCAUUGCUCGCAUGAUUAGAGAUUUACAAGAAACAGAAAAGCAAAAACUACAUGAGACUGUCCAAAUACAAAUUUUGACUAUUCAAGCAAAAGAAACAGAUAAAGAUUAUGACGAAACUAUUAAUGAGCACAAACAAAGGUUAAGUCAAAUCCUUGAAAAAAUUCAAGAAAUAACAGAUGAAUUAAGAGAGGAAAUGGCCGGAGUUGCAUCACUUGUGUGUUGAUAAGCUUAUCACUUAAAAAAAAUGGAUAAUAAAAGGCAUUAG